AUGUCACCACCACCGCCGCGCCAGGCGGAACCAAGACGUCGCCCGGGGGCAAGUCUCGAGCAGGACAAAUCGCGCAACCGACGCCUGUUCGGCGCAUUGCUAGGCACAUUGUCGCAGGCGUCGCAGCCUGCAAGACCAUCGAGAAAGGCGAGCGGUGUGGGUGGUGGUACUGCGGCAACAAUCGAGCGCAACUCGCGCCGCGAUGAUAUCAAAAACCGACAACGAGAGCGGUUGAAGCGCAAGACCGAGGAGUUAUCGGAACAGGCCAGGCGAAAGAGAGAAGAUCUCAACCGUGCCACACGGAUAGAGCAGACCCACUGGGAUGAGGAGGGCAUGUAUAUCAGACACCGGAAUCUGCGGGCCACUGCUCGCUUUUUGCGGACGGUUACGGAGCCAAAACUGUACUACAAACCAUGGGAAUUACGGCGUCACGAGGAAGAAACAAUCCAGCGUCAAAUUGAAGAAGCCGAGGAGACAAUCCGGCGCGAACUCGAUGAAUUUAAUGCGAAGCGACGACAGCAGGAACAGCAGCAGCAGCACGAACAGACGCAAAAAGACGGGGUCAAAAAAGAAGAAAGCGAGGAUAAUGCUCCGCGACCGAAUACCAGUCCAAGUAUCAACAAUAUCAAUCCCAACCAUGAUCGGAACCGGGACCAGGAUCACGAGGACCAGCAGGCGACUCGGAGCCACGACCUCGAAAGGCCCAACGGCAGUCUUGACGGGCAGGACUCGGGUAGGCGAACGCAGAACGGCGCUGGAACAGAGAAUACCCAGAUACAACCUGACACUGGCGGUGCUGGACAGUCUGCUUCAGACACAGCAGCCCCAACUAACUUUCUUGAUGCUGCUGAUAAUGAGGCAAGUAUUCCUGACGCUUCUGAUACGGCUGGCGAACCAGGGCCUUCAGCUUCAGAGCGUAGAACAGACGGCCAAAGCGAAGGGGAUGGACAAGAGAAGGAAUCUGCUACUUCAGAUCCCGGCCGAGACAAAGGUGGACCAAGACCCGAUGAAGCAGCAAACCGAGAUCAGACGGACGACCAUGGGGGCGAAGGAGAGCUGGAACAAGGUCGCGAAGAUGACGUUAUUUAUUGA